AUGCGUCUCUUCCUGAGCGGGUAUCAGUACUAUGUUAAUCCCACGUGGCAUGUGACAGACUGGAAGAAGCAAGGAGAAGGAAUAUCAAUGCUCAUCAAGACAGAAAACACGCAAGACGUUGUCGGCUGUAGCCCUAACCAGUAUCUUGGGAGUGGUAAAUCAAUCAAGGCAUGGGGACACCCACAGCCUUUCGGCCCUGAAGUCCGGUGGAGUCUAGAGAGAAGAGAGGAUCCUGUUGUGUUACCACACCUCACCUACCCCAAGACGGGGUGA